AUGCCCAUUCGGGCUGGUCCUGAGGCCAAGCCACUCGUCGGGGCAUUACAGCCAGUGGAUGAUGUAGUCGAAAAGGUUUGUGAAGAGCUACGGGCUCAAGCUGAGCCUCUCUGUCGAGGUGUGGAGGACACAGAACUGCCACCACUUCGUGCUAUCAACCACACAAUUCCCCUCAUUGACCCGAAUCGAAAGUAUCCGUGGCGUCCCUCGCGAUGCCCAGAGGCCUUUCGUGCUCAAUGGGCAAAGAAGCGAGAUGCUUAUCUCCGCUCGGGUCAAUGGGAAAUAACUUUGGCAGGAAAUACCGUACCGAUGAUGCUGAUACCUAAGCCUUCAAAGGACGGUGGCCUCCCUGAUGUUCGAACUUUGCUCGACUUGCGAGAACGCAACAAAAAUACAUAUAAGCUCACCUCGCCUCUCACUGAUAUGGAGGGAAUGCUCCGGAGAAUGGUGAGUAAGCUCUUUCGCACCGCUCUGGACCUAAAGAGUGCAUACGAGCAAAUUCGGAUUAUCCCUGAGCAUGUCGAGCGGAUGUCGAUGACCACUCCGGAUGGGAACAUGGUGAGCCAUGUUAUCCAAAUCGGGGACUGCAAUGCACCCGUGACGUACCAGGCUUUAAUGAACCACCUGUUCUCACCAUAUAUUGGUCGGUUCAUGGACGUUUAUCUGGAUGAUAUCGUUAUUUAUGACGAUGAUCUUGAUGAACACGCUGAGCAUGUCAAAUUAGUCCUGGACAUCCUGGCAGAAGAGAAGCUUUACCUUAGCAAGGACAAGCUUCGCUUCAUUGCACCGGAGUUAAAAUUGCUUGGUCGUGUUAUCAAUGACAAGGGCAUUCGCAUGGACACUGACAAGGUCGACUCGGUGCUGAACUGGAAGGUUCCAACAAACCGGGACUUGCUUAGAGGCUUUCUUGGGUCUGUGGGGUACCUCGCAGAUGAUGUCCCUGGUGUCCGUAUCCCCAUGGGGGUGUUAAGCGCCCUUACGGGUGACACUGUUCCGUUUCGUUGGACUUUCACAGAGCAGCGGGCAUUUGAGGAUGUAAAACAACUUGUUCAUGGUGCAUGUGGCCAUUCUCAUGUCCCAUUAACCUAUGCGCCUGAUGCACAGCCUAUCUGGAUGGUAACUGAUGGCAGUGCGACUGGUAUUUCUGGCAUUGUGAGCCAGGGAGCUGACUGGAAGACUGCCAAGGUUGCAGCAUUUUACUCUGCUAAAUUGAACUCGGCACAGCAGAACUAUGCUGUGCACGAGAUUGAGAUGCUUGCAGGGAUCGAGACGAUGCUCCGCCAUCAAGAUAUUCUGCAAGGAACUAAGUUUAAAUGGUUGACAGACCAUAAAGGACUUAUUCACCUCUUAAAUCAGAAGAAUCUCUCGGGUCGACAAGCUCGAUGGCUCGAGAAGAUCUCGUCUUUUGACUUUGAGGUCAUCUACAUUGCUGGGAGUGAAAAUAUCCUUGCAGAUGCCUUGUCCUGCAUGUAUUCGGACGACUUGGGUAAUGUUGUUCGCUUGCGGAGUGAGUAUACCUACCAUGACGUGGCAUUGAAACUUGGGGCGCAGCACGCAGAUGCAAGGAAGCACUUAAUCCUCGCCCUGAGACCUCUGCUGAGUUUGCCAGACGAGUGCACGAUCAUUUCGUCCUCCAUGGCCCACGAGAACGAAAGGAGGGAUAGGCGCCCAUAUCUAGACGAGCUCAUCGCGAGAGCGAGGGCCGACCCACUAACAGUACUGGCUGCAACUGAUGGCUCUGUCCCUCAGUCCAACCAGUAUCAGGCGGCUUCGGCUGCCAUCAUCUACAAGGGACAUCGCGAGCUUGAAAGGACUCGCUACGUCUCUGGCAGAGUUACCGCCCCAGAUGCGGAACUCAAUGCCAUCUCGUGUGCAGUACGCCUUGCUGUCAAGCAGGUAAACUGCCAGCAUAUUAUGGUCUUCACUGACUCUAUGGGCUCGGCCCAUAGAGCGGUUGACCCUUCCGUGCACUCUGGUCAGGCUUUUAGCUUGUCAGUAUGUCGCACUCUUCAAGAAUGGUUUGAGGCGGAUGAUCUCUGCCGCGUUACCUUCGUUUACGUCCCCUCUGCUCUGCGGUGGGAUAUUCAUGGUGAAGCACACAAGUACGUCACCGAGCUCAAAGUCAGGGUUGGACGUCGCGAGACGGACAACUCCAUAGACGCGCUACGCUCUCGAGCGGCGCACUCAGUCCUGGAUUCGUGGAGCUCCACUUUCCAGGAUCCAACCUACCGAGGCUCUGAGUUUUUAGAGCUUCAACAGCCUGACGGGCGGCCGCUGCAGCCAUCGUACCUCAAUGGGGGACCUUGGCUUUCAACUUUCGGACACAGUAUAACUGAGUUCGCUCGCGUUUGCCGGUGUAUAACUGGCCAUGCGCCCAUUGGAGCGUAUUACCGACGCUUCAAGAUCAACGAGCCUCACGGCUGCACUUGCGGGGCUGCUUUGCAAUCCCGCCAGCAUAUCCUCUUUCGCUGUCGUGACAGAUAUUCUGUACACUAUCCUCACUUUCUCAGGGAUAUUGCAUCGUUUAUGAAGUACAACCCUACGGCGUUUGGCUUCAACCGGGACCCUUCGGGUGUCGGAUAA